CACCGUUCAAGUUAAAAACGUUUUACUGGGAUCAUCACUGCAAAGAAAUAGAACUGAGUACCAGAAAUUGCCCUUGCAAAAUGAGCCAGCUUCCUCCGAAGAGUCCUUUGGCAUCCCCGGUGUCAGAGGGCACGAAUUCCACGGUAGAGUCUUUGGACAACUUGUCAAUGGACAGUUUUUGGCUGGAAGUAGAGAACAUUAAACAGAGCGCUGAAGCCGAGCAAGAGGAAUGCAGCCUUGCAGAUGUCAAAACACAAGAGGAGGGAGAAGCUGAAGCCGAGUGGCUCCAGGACGCGGGUCUGUCCGACCUCCUCGGGGACCGCGCCUCAGGAAACGACAACGUGCUGCUCUCCACCCUGACCAAGACCCAGGCUGCUGCUGUGCAGCGGCGGUUGGAUACCUACUCCCGGUCUCGGAGGAGGAAGAACAAGCAUCCUGUGCGUGAUGUCCGAGACAUUUUUGGAGUGGUCAACUCUGAGGAGACAGCAGCAGAGAAAGAGGAGUCCAGCCCAGAUCCGUUGUGGCACAAACUGCGGACUUCAAAUGUACAGAGAACAGAAACCCAGGAUUACUCCUGCACAGUUCGAAACCCUGGCAAAGAGGAGAUGUUCAACAUGGAUGUUGCCUACUCAGAGCAAGCGGCUGUCCUGCUCAAGGGAUCGUUCCUGCCUGAAUCUAGGAGGUUAAAGGAUGGAAACGCUCUAACUAAAUUUAAGAUCCCUAAGGGCAGACUAGGAGUGACCAGGAUUGGAGAUCUGUCUGCUCAGGAUAUGAAGAAGAUCCCCACGCUGGCCCUCAUUGAACUAACAGCUCUUUGUGAUGUUCUGGGCUUUGAGCUGAAGAGAAACAAGGCAGCAAAACUGAAAACAACAGAGAAAAGACUCUUUGGAGUUCCACUCAACACCCUGUUGGAAAAUGACCAAAAACUGCUCCCCAACACCAAGGUCCCUCUGUUACUCCAGGCACUGCUGUCCUGCUUGGAAAAGAGAGGACUUGAAACAGAGGGCAUUUUGAGAGUUUCUGGGUCCCAGACCAGAAUCAAGAGUCUGGAGCAGAAGCUCGAAAAGGAUUUCUAUACUGGCCUUUUCUCCUGGGAUGAAGUCCACCAGAAUGAUGUAUCUGGGCUACUGAAAAGAUUCAUAAGAGAGCUGCCGGCCCCACUGCUGACAGCGGAGUACCUCCCUGCUUUUGCUGCUGUACAAAAUAUUCCAGACCUGAAGCAAAGAUUGCAAGCUCUAAACCUCCUGAUCCUGAUUCUGCCAGAGCCCAACAGAAACACUCUAAAGGCUCUACUUGAAUUUCUCAGCAAAGUGGUUGCCAGGGAGAACAACAACAAAAUGAACCUCUGGAACGUUUCCACGGUCAUGGCCCCAAACCUCUUCAUGCACAAGGGGCUGCCAAACAAGAUCCCCGAAGGGAAGGAGAAACAGCUGGCAGAGGGGGCAGCUGACGUUGUGCGGAUGAUGAUCCAUUACCAGGAUUUGCUCUGGACAGUCUCCUCUUUUCUGGUAGCUCAAGUGAGAAAGCUGAAUGAGAGCAAUAGCAAAAAGUACCAGUUUUGUGACAAGCGAAUUAAAAAUUUGUUGCGGAAGAUUCAUGCUGAUAAAGACAAGGUGGAAAAGAACCAGGCAGAGCCUUCCAAGAUUGUGAAAGUCCAUGCUUCGCUUCUCCUGAAGGAAUCGCUAGAGGUGCAUUUGAACAAUGCAACCAGAGUUGCUGAUGUCUUGAGGCAGUUUCAAAAGAACCUGUGCCAGAAUGGCUGGAACAUUGUUAACACCGUCAACCUCCUCAAGUGUAACAACUCAAUGGAGUGCACAAACUUGCUCUUCUAUGAAGUGGGAGGCAAUAUUGGUGAACAUUGCCUGGACCCAGACACUUACCUCUUAGAUUUGUACCACAUCAAUCCCCAUGCUGAGUGGAUAAUUAAGCAAAACCCAUCUUAUCCUCGGAUGUUCUAAGGAAAGCAUGAGCAAAACAAAGCAUUUGGUGGAAGUUUUUGGAAAGCAUCGAAAAGCUAUAGAGAUGUUCCUGCUGUAGUCACAGACUGGACAAUGCUUGUGUCUUUGAAGGAAAAACAGCUUUAUUUACUGCUUCCAUGACAGCUGGCUGUGAGAGUACACAAGCCUGCAUGCUGACAGGGGUGUUGAUAACAAGCAGCAAUUAUCAUUAUGUAGCAGAAUUUGCAGGGGGUAUGAUUAUUCUUAAACAAAAUAGCCCUCCCAAAACAAACCCUGCAAACAAAGCUGCAGUGAUUGUGCAGCAAAGGUGGAACAUAAGAGGAGAAACAUCUUCUUGAAGAUGGUAGAAGACAUCUGUUUCUUCUGGAUUUGCUCUUUCUUUUGAUCACAUCCACAUUUUGAAGGAGAGACAGUCAAAUGCUGCAGCGGUACUAAUGACCUCCCUUUGGUAAGAUCCACUAUUGACUGUUGCACAUCACCAGAAGACGACGUGAUCCUGGGUUUCACUAAUAAGAUGCUGUUAUUUUCUUUGAAGAAUGAAAAAGGAUGCUUCCAAAAAGGCCAGAUGGGAUGUGAAGCCAACAAGCCUGUAUUUAAUGACUACAGUGAAAUACAUAUAUGCAACACAAGAAAAUAACUUUCCUUGGAAAAAAGUAUGGGACGGACAGCAGCCUUUCAAACGUACAGUUUGAUAGGAGAGAUGCCUGUCCCAUACAGCUCUGCUGGUAAUGGAAAAACAAAUGUACAGGUUGCCAUUGAUGAUGGUAAAACAUGCAUUUAAUUUGCUGGACAACCUGUAUAUCAACGGAUAACUAAGGAAAUAUUCUGAAGUUAAUUUGAGGUUAGUAAUCUGACCUGGCCACAUGAACUAAACUUCUUUUUGGAAGACUCUGUGUGAACGUGUCUGUUUAAAACAAACAAACAAAAAACCAAAACAAAACAACUCCCAAGAUGUGCAGUGGCUGAAAUAAGAGGUCCAUGCCUGCAUCUGGUCGCACAGUGGGUACUGAACUGAGCCUUUACCACUCUGACUGCACGUUUUCAUCCCACAUAGCACAGUGAGACCACUGUGGUCUGGAGAGACGAGGGUAGAGCAGAAUGCUUGCACCUCGCAUCACUGCAUAAUCAUCAUACGACCUCAGCUCGAAUUAGACUGCGCUUGUGGAAGAGGAGUGCAGAACUAUCGUUUUCCUUUGUGGUGAUGCUGAAAUACCUCACGUGAGGGAACCUACUCUGCAGUUACGGGGCACGGAACAUGCACCAUUU